AUGAGUAUAGAAAUUCCUGAAGGCUUGACGGAGCUGUUGCAGAGCUUUACUGUGGAAGUGUUGCGGAAUCAGCCGGGAGAUUUGCUCGAGUUCGCUUUGCAGUAUUUCACCCAACUGAAGGACAGUGAGACCACAGGGGCCGCGUUUGGCAAUGACCAAAAUUCGGCCACGCGACCCAGUGGGAAAGCGGUCAAUUUCAUCGACGAAGCCAUGCAGAUCGAUUCUGAAAAUGGAGAGGACGAGGAGAGUGACGACGAGGAAUUCAUUGGUAAAGAAUAAUAACCACGUCGAAAUUCUACUCUAUUCUGCAGCCAAUGGAAUAUUGGAAUGGAAAUAAAUAGAAUGGGAUGGAAUGGAAUUGAAUCCUACAAUUGCAAUAUGUUUGCCUCCUAGAGAGAAUGUAGCCAGUGAUUUGUGAUGAGCAUUCGAAUUGCUUGCCACAUUGUAACAACACCAUGGCUUUGAUUUUGUCUGGGCCGGUAUUGCCCAUAUAUGGUCAUGCCAUGGUGGCUGAUUGAUGCGCAUACUAAUGUAGAUACAGUACAGCUGUCUAGCCUUUGAUCUCUAACCGACAGCGUAUCUUGAUUUCAUUUGACAUCAUUAGCGCUAUACAGUGCAUGUAGGCCACGUUACUACAGAGGGAACAAGAGCAAAAAUAGGCCUAUACAGUCCUCAUAAAAAUCACGUAGGCCUUUACAUUAUUACGUAGGCCUUUAUAUUAUUACGUAGGCCUUUACAUUAUUACGUAGCCAAUUGAGUUGAUGAAGAAACAAAUAGAGUGAUGAAAACCUGACAUCAUAUAAAUGACCAGCCUUUCAGGCUUUUAAUAUGCAACAGUAUGUGAUUGGCAUUGCACAGCUCUGUAGGUCUGAAAGCAAAGCUGUUGGGGGAAAAACGGUGUUUGUGACAGGUUAGCAUUCCAUUCCUCAGUGGUCGUGGAGCCUGACUGAAGAGGAAGUCUGGAUGGCUGCUAUUAGGAGGAUAGGCCACCCAGGGCUGCAACUUGCCUGGCUAACUAAACUCCUUGCUCUGGCCAAACGCUACGUCAUGCCCACGGACGUCAGUUUCUUCUUCGCAAUGAGGGGGAGAGAUUAAUCUCGCCUGGGCGCCAGUGUAGGUGUGUUUUGCACCGGCUGAAAGUUGAUUUGCAUUUGAUUUGGAACCAGGUUGCCUCCCGGGCGUGAGCUAGGUGCCCCGCUCUGUCCGACGGCAAAGUCGGCUCAAAACAAAAGUGAUGUACACUACUGUUCAAAAGUUUGGGGACACUUAGACAUUUCAUUGUUUUCGAAAGAAAAGCUAUUUUUGUCCAUUAAAAUAAUAUCAAAUUGAUCAGAAAUACAGUGUAGACAUUGUUAAUGUUGUAAAUGGCUAUUGUAGCUAGAAACGACUCAUUUUUUAUGGAAUAUCUACAUAGGCGUACAGAGGCCCAUUAUCAGCAACCAUCAGUCCUGUGUUCCAAUGGCAUGUUGUGUUUGCUAAUCCAAGUUUAUAAUUUUAAAAGGCUAAAUGAUCAUUAGAAAACCCUUUUGCAAUUAUGUUAGCACAGCUGAAAACUGUUGUGCUGAUUAAAGAAGCAAUAAAACUUAUUGAGACUGGUUGAGUAUCUGGAGCAUAAGCAAUUGUGGGUUCGAUUACAGGCUCAAAAUGGCCAAAAACAAAGAACUUUCUUCUGAAACUCGACUCCGGGAUGCUGACCUUCUAGGCAGAGUUGCAAAGAAAAAGCCAUAUCUCAGACUGCCCAUCUUUCUUUUUAUUGGCCAGUCUGAGAUAUGGGCGGCAGGUAGCUUAGUGGGUAAGAGUGUUGUGCCAGUAACCGAAAGGUCGCUGGUUCUAAUCCCCGAGCCGACUAGGUGAAAAAUCUGUUGAUGUGCCCUUGAGCAAGGCACUUAACCCUAAUUGCUCUGGAUAAGAGCGUCUGCUAAAUGACUAAUUUUUUUUAUUUUUUUUAUAUGUCUUUUUCUUUGCAACUCUGCCUAGAAGGUCAGCAUCCCGGAGUUGCCUCUUCACUGUUGACGUUGAGACUGGUGUUUUGCGGGUACUAUUUUAAUGAAGCUGCCAGUUGAGGACCUGUGAGGCGCCUGUUUCUCAAACUAGACACUCUAACGUAUUUGUCCUCUUGCUCAGUUGUGCACCGGGGCCUCCCACUCCUCUUUCUAUUCUGGUUAGAGACAGUUUGCGCUGUUCUGUGAAAGGAGUAGUACACAGCGUUGUACGAGAUCUUCAGUUUCUUGGCAAUUUCUCGCAUGGAAUAGCCUUCAUUUCUCAGAACAAGAAUAGACUGACGAGUUUCAGAAGAAAGUUAUUUGUUUUUGGCCAUUUUGAGCCUGUAAUCGAACCCGCAAUUGCUUAUGCUCCAGAUACUCAACCAGUCUCAAGAAGUUUUAUUGCUUCUUUAAUUAGCACAACAGUUUUCAGCUGUGCUAACAUAAUUGCAAAAGGGUUUUCUAAUGAUCAAUUAGCCUUUUAAAAUGAUAAAAUUGGAUUAGCUAACACAACGUGCCAUUGGAACACAGGACUGAUGGUUGCUGAUAAUGGGCCUCUGUACGCCUAUGUAGAUAUUCCAUUAAAAAUCAGUCGUUUCCAGCUACAAUAGCCAUUUACAACAUUAACAAUGUCUACACUGUAUUUCUGAUACAUUUGAUGUUAUUUUAAUGGACAAACAAAUUGCUUUUCUUUCGAAAACAAGGACAUUUCUAAGUGACCCCAAACUUUUGAACGGUAGUGUAUGUGAUCGUAUACAAAUGUAAACAAGGUUUGAAAUGAUUACGCUUAGUAAAAUAUUAUAUCUGUUUGGGCUUCUUGCGGUCAAUGCAGUCUACAAAUGAUUUGUAAUUAUGUUCCGGCCCCCUGACCAUACACUCAAUAAAAAAUCGUCUUGCGGCUGAAUCUAGUUGAUUAUCCCUGAGAUACAGUGUGUGAUGCCCUUUGCGGAUUUAUGUUGGUGCGACAUGCAUAAUGGGAUUGUGGGAAGUUGCGCCUCCUGGGCUUCUGUAGUCAGUGAAUCUAAAGUAAACAGUCUGAGCUCAUCAAAGACUGAGUUCCAUCUCGCUUCAACCCCAUCACAUGUCUGCAUCUGAUUAUUCUUUUAUAAACAAUUAGUAAUGUAGCUACGGGACAAACCCUGAGAGAUGUUUGUUCCAGGACAGGUGCAGUCAGGUGCGUUCAAUCUUCCUGUUACUGGCAAGCCUUGACUGCAUUUUCGUGGCCCGUGAGAGGACCUAUAAUUCCCCCUUACACAACACAACCAAACCCUCAGCUCAUAAUUAUAUUCAGAGGAGGGAGAGAGAGAGCGAGAGAGAGAGUGAGAGAGAGAGAGAGAGAGAGAGAGAGUGAUAGGGAGAGAGAUAGAGAGAGAGGAGGAGAGAGGAGAGAGGAGCGAGGAGAGAGAGGGAAGAUAGAGAGAGAGAGAGAGAGAGAGAGAGAGAGAGAGAGAGAGAGAGAGAGUGAGAGAGUGAGAGUGAGAGUGAGAGAGGCUGGCUAACUAGCUAUUCAUGGGUGAGAUGAGACCUCUUACCUCAUGUAUUUUUCAUGUGAAGGUAUUGUUCUUAGAGCUAAGUGUUUUAAAUUGCUUUGGUUCAUUGAUGCUUUAAAUUCAUUCUCAAUUAAAUUUUGUUCAGAGAAGCAAAAUGCAAUUCAAAGGACUCAGCAGCUGUUCCCUGUUAGGAGUUUUAGGCCAACAAAGGGUGCUUGCAUACCUGGUGUUAUGCAGAGCCAAAUAUAUAGUAGAGAGUUGACACAGUUUGAAGUAUUAUGAUGCAUUUACAUGACACCACCAAAUCUAUGGCAGCCAUGUUAGCUCUGCAUGGGCAAUAUUGACCAAAAGCAGUUAUGAUUUACCUGGUUUGAUGAAGUUAUCAAAGAAAGAGGAUAUGCAUUAAGCAUCUGUGAUUAACAUUUUGUUAUAACAAUCCACAGUAGAUAAAUGUCCUUUUCACCCAUCAUUCAGUUGCCAGCUUUGAUACAUUUCUCAGAACAUGUCCUCUGUAUGGUAUCACUGCAAUAUUGGAAGUCCUCUUUCUUUCUUUGGCCUUAGAGGAAUGUAAUGAACCCUAUAUGAAUCUUAUAUGAAUCCUAAAUUAAUCGUAUAUGAAUUGUAUAUGAAUCGUAUAUGAGUCUUAUAUGAAUCCUAUAUGAAUCAUAUAUGAACCCUAUAUGAAUCUUAUAUGAAUCCUAAAUGAAUCGUAUAUGAGUCUUAUAUGAAUCAUAUAUGGAUCUUAUAUGAAUCUUAUAUGAAUCCUAUAUGAAUCUUAUAUGAAUCCUAUAUGAAUCCGAUAUGAAUCCUAUAUGUAUGCCUAACAUCUUGCUUUCCUCUUAUUUCAGCUCCAGUGAUGAGUCGAUUCAUUAGAAGAGCAUCAGGUGAGUGUGUUACAUCUGUUGUUGAGUCAGGUGUGUUAUUGCUGGGCUGUAACGAAAGCCUGAACAUUAUUAGUAGGCAUAUUAUUUUGCUGCAGUAUGUUUAGCUUCUACACCCAGAGAGCCUGAAGUCAGCAGUCAUUCAGUCAGCAGUCAUUCAGUCAGCAGUCAUUCAGUCAGUCAGCAGUCAUUCAGUCAGUCAGCAGUCAUUCAGUCAGCAGUCAUUCAACCAGCAGUCAUUCAGUCAGCAGUCAGCAGUCAUUCAGUCAGCAGUCGUUCAGUCAGCAGUCAUUCAGUCAGCAGUCGUUCAGUCAGCAGUAAUUCAGUCAGCAGUCAUUCAGUCAGCAGUCAUUCAGUCAGCAGUCGUUCAGUCAGCAGUCGUUCAGUUAGCAGUCAUUCAGUCAGCAGUCAUUCAGUCAGCAGUCAGCAGUCAACCUACAAAACAAACCUCUUACUCAGGGAUACUAUCUGAAGUUACGCUGGCAGUCAGGCUGCACUUUAUUUUUUAGGUCCACUCUUUAGUAGCUGAAUGACUGUGGUCCUCUGUAGCUCAGCUGGUAGAGCACGGCGCUUGUAACGCCAAGGUAGUGGGUUCAAUCCCCGGGACCACCCAUACACAAAAAUGUAUGCACGCAUGACUGUAAGUCGCUUUGGAUAAAAGCAUCUGCUAAAUGGCAUAUUAUUAUUAUUAUUAUAUUAUUAGUAAAAAUCACAGAAUAAUAUUUUUGAUUUUGUUUAAGAGUAAUAAGCAUGAGUAUGUAGGACAGGUAAACUCUCCAAACGUUGUGGAUAUUAAAACCCCCUGGAUAAUGUAACUGAUAUGGAAAGAUUUGACGCAUUAACACGGAGGUCAUUAAUCAUAACUGUUUCUCCACUGUGUUCCAUUUGGCCUCUGCUUAUAGUAGAGAUGAAUUACCACCGUUGCCUCUAUCUUCCGUUAGCAAAGCCCAGGAAGGAAGUACAUCAGUGAAUUAUGGGUAGGGUGACAUGAGUUCAAACCAGGUGCAGGAGGACACUGUUGAGAUGAGGAUCAAUCCUAGUCUCUUGUGUGGGAGGUUGAGGUUAUUAAUCCAGACAGAUAGACAGACAGACAGACAGACAGAGGAGUGACUACCAUUACCUGCAUGGUUGGUAACAUGAUGGUUGGCUGGAGGCAUCUAGGAGCUGAUGGGCUAGGUUGGUCAACCAUACUGACUCAUGCCAGCGGUAAGGGAGUGGAAGAGAGAGGUCCUCUGGCCAGCGUCCUUUAAGGUCUCAGGUUGGGGUCAGGAUACCAGUCUUGUUUUUGUGUGGUACAAAAGAAGAAAGAUCAGUGGUGUCCACACACUGCAAUAAAGGUCUUCAGACUCUAUAUAAAAACAAUAAAGGUCUUCAGACUCUAUAUAAAAACAAUAAAGGUCUUCAGACUCUAUAUAAAAACAAUAAAGGUCUUCAGACUCUAUAUAAAAACAAUAAAGGUCUUCAGACUCUAUAUAAAAACAAUUCAUAUUUAUUUUACAUAAUAAAAAAUCAUAGUGUGAUUCCUUUCGAAUGGAAAAGUUGAAUUAAGGUCUAGUCUAGCCAAAUACAAUAUAGGUUAUGUGUAAACAAUAGAUAUGUGCUUUGUCUUUCACAAGUAGAAGGACUGACCUCUGGUUCAGUUGGAUGUUAACUCACUCUCUGAUCUAUUUAAAGAGUGAGGCUUUAAUAUGUCUACUAAAUCUCUCAGUGAUGCCACGGAGCAUUGAGCAAGUUCACAGGAAGGAGAUAAUAUCUACAUGUUUAUACAAAUGCCACGUUGAUUAAACCUUUUUUAGACCCCACACUUUAAACAAUGGUGUGGUGUUAAGUUUAUCACAAAGACUCUAAAUCUCAGCAGAAUUAGACAGUUGCUUAUAUGACUGCGAUAAGUGGGAUCAUGGAAGAAAUCCUGGGAAACACCAGAAUCUCACUCUCACCCCAUGUAGUCUUGGAUCGUUAACGUGGGCUCCCGAGUGGCGCAGCGGUCUAAGGCACUGCAUCUCAGUGCUUGAGGCGUCACUACAGACCCCCUGGUUCGAUUUCCAGGCUGUAUCACAACCGGCCGUGAUUGGGAGUCCCAUAGGGCGGCGCACAAUUGGCCCAGCAUCGUCCGUGUUUGGCCGGUGUAGGCCGUCAUUGUAAAUAAGAAUUUGUUCUUAACUGACUUGCCUAGUUAAAUAAAUGGACUAGCUCAGAUUAUUUUGUUUAACAUUUUUCUGACAACAUGGCUUCAGAAUGACUGUAUGUCUUUUUAACAGAACAUUUCUGCUCAACGCAUUGCCUUUUAAGUGAAUGUGAAUGUCUUGUAGUAACUUUCAUUAAUCUCCUCUAUCCCACAGUUUGUGCCGAGGCGUUCAACCCUGAUGAAGAUGAGGAAGACAAAGAUCAGAGGGUACGAUGGCCCAGACAGACAGAGGAGUGACUGUACCAUUAUCAGCAUUCAAAAUAGUGCUACUGUACAACUGAAAACAAAGUGUAUUACAGAGGAACAACAGGAUACAGGAUGACAAGCAUCAAGUGUCAAGUAUCUUUUCUGAAUCAGGAUCUCAAUUCCACUUGAUAUUGUACUUGAUUAGUAUUGGAGUUAGUGCAUUGGGGUAUGCAUGAGUUAUGGUGGCAUCAUGUUAAUGAUGUUUCCUCUCAAAAUGUCUCUGUGAAUAACAUGAGUGGCAUGUGUGUGUUUUCCCAGGUCACCCAUCCUAAAACAGAUGAACAGAGGCAGAGACUACAGGAGGCCUGCAGAGGCAUCCUGCUGUUCAAAAAUCUGGACCCGGUAAAAUGAAUACAUAUUCCCUCAUUUAAGGCUGAGUGGGCCUCUCUUCCCCUCCACCCACUGGCUGCUGUGAUUCAAUGGACUGACAUACUCUGUACACACACACACACACACACACACACACACACACACAAAUACACACACACAACCACACACACAAAUACACAAACACACACAAAUACACACAUUGGCACAUGUAUGCACACACACACACACACACACUAACAGUACACAGAAAAAAGAACAGACCGUAGCCCGAGGCCUGUAACUUUGUCAUGGCCCAAUGCACUGUGGGAUUUUUCUGCCAGUUAUUUUUAAAUACUCUUAACAGCAUGUAGAGAGGAAUCAAGUUCAAGUAUUCAUUUAUCCUACGUACUGUACUGCGAUGAUGCUGUGGCAUAUGUAAUGGGUAAUGUGGCCUUACUAUUACAAAUACUCAAUACAAUGUGUGUUUUCUAAUUUAAUAUACUUGUAGUUUAAUAUAAUCCACAGAUCUUUGUUUCAGUUUGUAAUGUGUUUGUUUUCUCAUGUCACAGGAACAAUUUUCCCAAGUACUAGACGCCAUGUUUGAGAAGUUCCUUGAGGUAGGAGAACACAUCAUAGAUGAAGAUGACGAUGGUGACAACUUCUACGUCAUUGAAAGGUAAUCCCUGACAUACUGUAGAAGCAACCUCGUCAAGAGGUUUGGACCUCUUGGCUCAGCAGUUAAAUGGAUCCUUCGGGAUGUUGGUAAUGAUGCCCUUUAUCUACUUCCCCAGAGUCAGAUGAACUCAUGGAUACCAUUUUAUGUCUCUGUGUCCAGUAUUAAGGAAGUUAGAGGUAGUUUAGCAUGCUAGUAGAUACCCAUACACUUCCAGUCAUUGUGCUAACGCUAGAUAGCAUUGGCUCGCGAAACUACUAACUUCCUUCAUUCUGGACUGACAUUGGACUGAGGGCGGGGUUACUCCCCAGAUUUGCUACAUUACAGUAUAUGUGGCAAUAGUUUCAUUUCAGUUAAUCAUUUAAGCUAGGGUAAACACUAUGAUGGAAAAGUGCUAGUUGCACCACACUUCCCCAAACCAUCUUGUUGCUCAGUGUGUAAAUUUAUAUUUUUAAACUGUAGUGCUUUGUGUUAUGUUGGAAAUGGUUUGAAACCUUGUGUGCUGCUAUUUUGGCCAGGUCUCUCUUGUAAAAGAGUGUAAGGGUUGGUGUGAGGUGUGACCCAGGUGCGGUGCAGGAUAGACAGUAGGCAGUAGGCAGAGAAACAAGGAUCUUUACUGGUGGUCCCAAAACCAGGAUACAAAAUAACGGACUAUUCACAAAACCAAAUGAGGAGCACAUAGGUCUCCAAAAAACAGGCUGACAGCAAACAAUACGAAAUACUAACUCUGACUGGAAAAACACAAUAACGCAGGGAGAACACUUCUCGAGUACCUGAAAAUCCGACACUGACACGUACUGCUUCACAUCAAGGAACUAGCAGAGACAACUGAGCAAGGGAACACAGGGAAGUGAGGGCAUAAAUACACAAGUGUAUCAGAUAGUUACAGGUGACACCAAUAGGCAGAUAAUUAGUCCCAACUGUGAGUGAGGAGGUGCCUAUGGUUGUCGGAGGAUGACACCUAGUGGAUCGCUCCGGAACUGCGACCCACUCCUGUAACAAAAUUGAUUUGUAAUCUCAAUGAGACUAACCUGGUAAAAUAAAGAUCACAGUAUUUUUAUUGAAAGGACUGUUAGAUUAUACAAUGUGUUCUCUCUCUCUCUCUCUCUCUCUCUCUCUCUCUUACUCCCCCUCUCUCUUUCUCUCCCUCUCGCUCAAUUAAAUUAAAUUGAAGGGCUUUAUUGGCAUGGGAAACAUAUGUUAACAUUGCCAAAGAAAGUUAAGUAGAUAAUAAACAAAAGUGAAAUAAACAAUAAAUAUUAACAGUAAACAUUACACUCACAAAAGUUACAAAAGAAUAAAGACAUUUCAAAUGUCAUAUUAUGUAUAUAUACAGUGUUGUACAAAUGGGAAAAUAAAUAAACAUAAAUAUGGGUUGUAUUUACAAUGGUGUUUGUUCUUCACUGGUUGCCCUUUUCUUGUGGCAACAGGUCACAAAUCUUGCUGCUGUGAUGCACACUGUGGUAUUUCACCCAGUAGAUAAGGGAGUUUAUACCCCCAAAAAAAUUUAUCUUGAAUUCUUUGUGGAUCUGUGUAAUCUGAGGGAAGUAUGUGUCUCUAAUAUGGUCAUACAUUUGGCAGGAGGUUAGGAAGUGCAGCUCAGUUUCCACCUCAUUUUGUCGGCAGUGUGCACAUAGCCUGUCUUCUCUUGAGAGCCAGGUCUGCCUGCGGCGGCCUUUCUCAAUAGCAAGGCUAUGCUCACUGAGUCUGUACAUAGUUAAAGCUUUCCUUAAGUUUGGGUCAGUCACAGUGGUCAGGUAUUCUGCCACUGUGUACUCUUUGUUUAGGGCCAAAUAGCAUUCUAGUUUGCUCAAUUUUUUUGUUAAUUCUUUCCAAUGUGUCAAGUAAUUCUCAUUUGGUUUUCUCAUGAUUUGGUUGGGUCUAAUUGUGUUGUUGUCCUGGGGCUCUGUGGGGUCUGUUUGUGUUUGUGAACAGAGCCCCAGGACCAGCUUACUUGGGGGACUCUUCUCCAGUUUAAUCUCUCUGUAGGUGAUGGCUUUGUUAUGGAAGGUUUGGGAAUUGCUUCCUUUUAGGUGGUUGUAGAAUUUAAUGGCUCUUUUCUAGAUUUUGAUAAUUAGCGGGUAUCGGCCUAAUUCUGCUCUGCAUGCAUUAUUUGAUGUUUUACGUUGUACACUGAGGAUAUUUUUUGGAGUCUCAAUUUGGUGUUUGUCCCAUUUCGUGAAUUAUUGGUUGGUGAGUGGACCCCAGACCUCACAACCAUAAAGGGCAAUGGGUUCUAUAACUGAUUCAAGUAUUUCUAGCCAGAUCCUAAUUGGUAUGUCAAAUUGUAUGUUCCUUUUGAUGGCAUAGAAGGCCCUUCUUGCCUUGUCUCUCAGAUCGUUCACAGCUUUGUGGAAGUUACCUGUGGCGCUGAUGUUUAGGCCGAGGUAUGCUUUAGGCCAGGGUUCUUCAAUUCCGGUCCUGGAGGGCUGAAACACUUCUGUUUUUUAUUUCUACCUGGUAGUUAAUUGCACUCACCUGGUGUCCCAGGUCUGAAUUAAUAAUAAUAAUAAUAAUAUGCCAUUUAGCAGACGCUUUUCUCCAAAGCGACUUACAGUCAUGCGUGCAUACAUUUUUUUUUUGUGUAUGGGUGGUCCCGGGGAUCGAACCCACUACCUUGGCGUUACAAGCGCCGUGCUCUACUAGCCCCUGAUUAGAAGGAAGGAGGAUGAAAAACAGAGGUGUUUCGGCCCUCCAGGACCGGAAUUGAAGAACCCUGCUCUAGGCCAAUGGUGUCUAGAUGGAAUUUGUAUUUGUGGUCCUGGCAACUGGACCUUUUUUGGAACACCAUUAUUUUUGUCUUACUGAGAUUUACCGUCAGGACCCAGGUCUGACAGAAUCUGUGCAGAAUAUCUAGGUGCUGCUGUAGGCCCUCCUUGGUUGGGGACAGAAGCACCAGAUCAUCAGCAAACAGUAGACAUUUGACUUCAGAUUCUAGUAGGGUGAGGCCUUGUGCUGCAGAUUGUUCUAGUGCCCUCGCCAAUUCGUUGAUAUAUAUGUUGAAGAGGGUGGGGCUUAAGCUGCAUCCCUGUCUCACCCUACGGCCCUGUGGAAAGAAAUGUGUAUGUUUUUGCCAAUUUUUACCCCACACUUGUUGUUUGUGUACAUGGAUUUUAUAACGUUGUAUGUUUUUCCCCCAACACCACUUUCCAUCAAUUUGUAUAGCAGGCCCUCUUGCCAAAUUGAGUCAAAAGCUUUUUUGAAAUCAACAAAGCAUGAGAAGACUUUGUUUUGGUUUGUUUGUUUGUCAAUUAGGGUGUGCAGGGUGAAUACGUGGUCUGUUGUACGGUAAUUUGGUAAAAAGCCAAUUUGACUUUUGCUUAGUACAUUGUUUUCAGUGAGGAAAUGUCUGAGUCUGCUGUUAAUGAUAAUGCAGAGGUUGCUGUUGACGCAUAUCCGACGGUAGUUAUUGGGGUCAUAUUUGUCCCCACUUUUGUGGAUUGGAGUGAUCAGUCCUUGGUUCCAAAUAUUGGGAAGAUGCCAGAGCUAAGGAUGAUGUUAAAGUUUCAGUAUAGCCAAUUGGAAUUUGUGGUCUGUAUAUUUGAUAAUUUCAUUGAGGAUAUCAUCAACACCGCAGGCCUUUUUGGGUUGGAGGGUUUGUAUUUUGUCCUGUAGUUCAUUCAAUGUAAUUGGAGAAUCCAGUGGGUUCUGGUAGUCUUUAAUAGUUGAUUCUAAGAUUUGUAUUUGAUCAUAUAUAUGUUUUUGCUGUUUGUUCUUUAUUAUAGGUCCAAAAAGAUUGGAGAAGUGGUUUACCCAUACAUCUCCAUUUUGGAUAGAUAACUCUUUGUGUUGUUGUUUGUUUAGUUCUUUCCAAUUUUCCCAGAGGUGGUUAGAGUCUAUGGAUUCUUCAAUUACAUUGAGCUGAUUUCUGACGUGCUGUUCCUUCUUUUUCCGUUGUGUAUUUCUGUAUUGUUUUAGUGAUUCACCAUAGUGAAGGCAUAGACUCAGGUUUUCUGGGUCUCUAUGUUUUUGGUUGGAUAGGUUUCUCAAUUUCUUUCUUAGGUUUUUGCAUUCUUCAUCAAACCAUUUGUCAUUGUUGUUAAUUUUCUUCAGUUUUCUGUUUGACAUUUUUAGAUUUGAUAGGGAAGCUGAGAGGUCAAAUAUACUGUUUAGGUUUUCUACUGCCGAGUUUACACCUUCACUAUUACAGUGAAAUGUUUUGUCCAGGAAGUUGUCUAAAAGGGAUUGAAUUUGUUGUUGCCUAAUUGUUUUUUGGUAGGUUUCCACACUACUUUCCUUCCAUCUAUAGCAUAUCUUAAUAUUAUUCAGUUCCUUUGGCUUUGAUGCCUCAUGAUUGAGUAUUGCUCUGUUCAUGUAGACUUUGAUUUUGCUGUGAUCUGAUAGGGGUGUCAGUGGGCUGACUGUGAACGCUCUGAGAGACUCUGGGUUGAGGUCAGUGAUAAAGUAGUCUACAUUACUACUGCCAAGAGAUGAGCUAUAGGUGUACCUACUGUAGGAGUCCCCUCGAAGCCUACCAUUGACUGUGUACAUACCCAGUGUGCGACAGAGCUGCAGGAGUUGUGACCCGUAUUUGUUGGUUAUGUUGUCGUAAUUGUGCCUAGGGGGGCAUAUGGGGGAGGGAAUGCUGUCACCUCCAGGUAGGUGUUUGUCCCCCUGUGUGCUGAGGGUGUCAGGUUCUUGUCCAGUUCUGGCAUUCAGUUCGCCACAGACUAGUACAUAAUAAUAAUAAUAUGCCAUUUAGCAGACACUUUUAUCCAAAGCGACUUACAGUCAUGUGUGCAUACAGUUUUACGUAUGGGUGGUCCCGGGGAUCGAACCCACUACCCUGACGUUACAAGCGCCAUGCUCUACCAAUUGAGCAUUUCCAGGCUCCCUGGGCCUGGAAAUGAUUGAUUUCUCCCUCCAGGAUGGAGAAGCUGUCUUCAUUAAAGUAUGGGGAUAUAGGUAGCACACAGGAGGACAUUUAAAUCAUUUCCUUUUGAAUUUCUAGCCAAAUGUAAAAUGUUCCUGUUUUGAUUAAUUUUAAUAGAGUGAGUUAGGUCUGCUCUAUACCAAAUUAGCAUACCCCCUGAGUCCUUUCCCUGUUUCACACCUGGUAGUUUGGUGGAUGGGACUACCAGCUCUCUGUAACCUAGAUGGCAACCAUUGGGUCCAUCUCCUCUAUACCAUGUUUCUUGUAGGAUGAUAAUGUCUGUAUCUCUCUCUCUCUCUCUCUCUCUCUCUCUCUCUCUCUCUCACAGAGGGACCUUUGACAUCUAUAUGAGGGUUGAUGGUGUAGAGAAGACUGUGGGGGCCUAUGAUAACCGGGGGAGCUUUGGGGAGCUGGCCCUGAUGUACAACACCCCCAGGGCUGCUACCAUCGUCGCCACCUCGGCCGGAGCCCUCUGGUGCCUUGUGAGUGGAUGCUCUUCUGUUCCCUAAACGGUUUCUCAUAGCACAUGCAGUACCAGACAGUACUGAACCGUGCAUAUUCUAUGAUGGGGUAGCAGUUGUCUGCCAGUUUACUGGGAGACUGGCAUUGUGAGGAAUGUCUCAGUUGGCAAUGUGUCAGGGAUCACGUUCACUUAUAUGCACUCACUCUACUGUAAAUUGCUUAUGGGUAAAUGAUGCUCCAAUGGCUACAUUGCCGGAAUGCUGUCUCAGUGUAUUCAGCUGUCGAGAAACAGCUAAGAAAACUCAGUGAGGUAAAAGCCCCUGUUUUGUACAAAGUGCUUCCUAGAAUCCAUACUCACUGAGCUAUAAACGUUGGACUGUACAUUAGCAGCACAUGUGUCCUUUCCCAGGUGAUUAACCCCAGAUGCUCCCAGACCAUUAUAGAAUUACAUGAUAUAAUAAUACUUCUGCUGAUUUUUUUGGGAAAAUCUUGACAUUUGUUAAAGAUACAGCUCCCUCUGCUGGAAAAUAUUAUGUUGGACACAGGUACAACAUUUUAAAAGAAACUCUAGGAGUGGUAAUGGAGUACUGUACUAGUAAACAAAACAAUCACAAAUUGUGGACUGUGUGUGUCUUGAAUAUACACUGAGUGCACAAAACAUUAAGGACACCUGCUCUUUCCAUGACAUAGACUGACCAGGUGAAUCCAGGUGAAAGCUAUGAUCCCUUAUUGAUGUCACUUGUUAAAUCCACUUCAAUCAGUGUAGAUGAAGGGGAGGAGACAGGUUAAAGAAGGAUUUUUAAGCCUUGAGACAAUUGACACAUGGAUUGUGUAUGUGUGCGAUUCAGUGGAUGAAUGGGCAAGACCAAAGAUUUAAGUGCCUUUGAACGGGGUUAUGGUAGUAGGGGAAGGGGGAUACCUAGUCAGUUGUACAACUGAAUGCAUUCAACUGAAAUGUGUCUCCCACAUUUAAUCCAACCCCUUUGAAUCAGAGAGGUGCGGGGGGCUGCCUUAAUCGAUAUCCACAUCUUCGACAACUCAAUAUAAAGAAGGUGUUCCUAAUGUUUGGGAUACUCAGUGUAUCUUUCACCAUUUUUAAAAAUGUAUUUAUUUCACCUUUAUUUAACCAGGUAAACCAGUUGAGAACAAGUUCUCAUUUACAACUGCGACCUGGCCAAGAUAAAGCAAAGCAGUGCGAUAAAAACAACAACACAGAGUUACAUAUGGGGUAAAACAAAACAAAGUCAAAAAUACAACAGAAAUAAAUAUAUAUAUACAGUGUGUGCAAAUGUAGCAAGUUAUGGAGGUAAGGCAAUAAAUAGGCUAUAGUGCAAAAUAAUUACAAUUAGUAUUAACACUGGAAUGAUAGAUGUGCAAGAGAUGAUGUGCAAAUAGAGAUACUGGGGUACAAAUGAGCAAAAUAAAUAACAAUAUAGGGAUGAGGUAGUUGGGCGGGCUAAUUUCAGAUGGGCUGUGUACAGGUGCAGUGAUCGGUAAGGUGCUCUGACAACUGAUGCUUAAAGUUAGUGAGGGAGAUAAGUGUCUCCAGCUUCAGAGAUUUUUGCAAUUUGUUCCAGUCAUUGGCAGCAGAGAACUGGAAGGAAUGGCGGCCAAAGGAGGUGUUGGCUUUGGGGAUGACCAGUGAGAUAUACCUGCUGGAGCGCAUACUACGGGUGGGUGUUGCUAUGGUGACCAAUGAGCUAAGAUAAGGCGGGGAUUUGCCUAGCAGUGAUUUAUAGAUGGCCUGGAGCCAGUGGGUUUGGCGACGAAUAUGUAGUGAGGACCAGCCAACAAGAGCGUACAGGUCACAGUGGUGGGUAGUAUAUGGGGCUUUGGAGACAAAACGGAUGGCACUGUGAUAGACUACAUCCAAUUUGCUGAGUAGAGUGUUGGAGGCUAUUUUGUAAAUGACAUCGCCGAAGUCAAGGAUCGGUAGGAUAGUCAGUUUUACGAGGGCAUGUUUGGCAGCAUGAGUGAAGGAGGCUUUGUUGCGAAAUAGGAAACCGAUUCUAGAUUUAACUUUGGAUUGGAGAUUCUUAAUGUGAGUCUGGAAGGAGAGUUUACAGUCUAACCAGACACCUAGAUAUUUGUAGUUGUCCACAUACUCUAGGUCAGACCCGUCGAGAGUAGUGAUUCUAGUCGGGUGGGCGGGUGCAAGCAGCGUUCGGUUUGAAGAGCAUGCAUUUAGUUUUACUAGUGUUUAAGAGCAGUUGGAGGCUACUGAAGGAGUGUUGUAUGGCAUUGAAGCUCGUUUGGAGGUUUGUUAACACAGUGUCCAAUGAAGGGCCAGAUGUAUACAAAAUGGUGUCGUCUGCGUAGAGGUGGAUCUGAGAGUCACCAGCAGCAAGAGCGACGUCAUUGAUAUACACAGAGAAAAGAGUCGGCCCAAGAAUUGAACCCUGUGGCACCCCCAUAGAGACUGCCAUAGGUCCAGACAACAGGCCCUCCGAUUUGACACAUUGAACUCUAUCAGAGAAGUAGUUGGUGAACCAGGCGAGGCAGUCAUUUGAGAAACCAAGGCUAUUUAGUCUGCCAAUAAGAAUGCGGUGGUUGACAGAGUCGAAAGCCUUGGCCAGGUCAAUGAAAACGGCUGCACAGUACUGUCUAUUAUCGAUCGCGGUUAUAAUAUCGUUUAGGACCUUGAGCGUGGCUGAAGUGCACCCAUGACCAGCUCGGAAACCGGAUUGCAUAGCGGAGAAGGUACGGUGGGAUUCGAAAUGGUCGGUGAUCUGUUUGUUAACUUGGCUUUCAAAAACUUUUGAAAGGCAGGGCAGGAUGGAUAUGGGUCUGUAACAGUUUGGAUCUAGAGUGUCACCCCCUUUGAAGAGGGGGAUGACCGCGGCAGCUUUCCAAUCUCUGGGGGUCUCAGACGUUACGAAAGAGAGGUUGAACAGGCUAGUAAUAGGGGUUGCGACAAUUUCGGCGGCUAGUUUUAGAAAGAAAGGGUCCAGAUUGUCUAGCCCAGAUGAUUUGUAGGGGUACAGAUUUUGCAGCUCUUUCAGAACAUCAGCUGUCUGGAUUUGUGUGAAGGAGAAGCGGGGGGGGCAUGGGCAAGUUGCAGCGGAGGGUGCAGAGCUGGUGGACGGGGUAGUGGUAGCCAGGUGGAAAGCAUGGCCAGCCGUAGCAAAAUGCUUGUUGAAAUUCUCGAUUAUUGUAGAUUUAUCGGUGGUGAUAGUGUUUCCUAGCCUCAGUGCAGUGGGCAGCUGGGAGGUAGUGCUCUUAUUUUCCAUGGACUUUACAGUGUCCCAAAACUUUUUGGAGUUAGUGCUACAGGAUGCAAAUUUCUGUUUGAAAAAGUUAGCCUUUGCUUUCCUAACUGCUUGUGUAUAUUGGUUCCUAACUUCCCUGAAAAGUUGCAUAUCGCGGGGGCUAUUUGAUGCUUGUGCUGGUCAAGGGCAGUCAAGUCUGAGGAGAACCAGGGGCUAUAUCUGUUCUUAGUUCUGUAUUUUUUGAAUGGGGCAUGUUUAUUUAAGAUUGAGAGGAAAUUACUUUUAAAGAAUAACCAGGCAUCCUCUACUGACGGAAUGAGAUCUAUAUCCAUUGCCAGACAUCGACAUGACUUGUUGUUUUCAUCCUACCAUUAGAAAUUAUUGAUAUACUCUGUUGUUUUCAUCCUACCAUUAGAAUAGAUUGAUAUACUCUGUUUUCAUCCUACCAUUAGAAAUCAUUGAUGUACUCUGUUUUCAUCCUACCAUUAGAAAUCAUUGAUAUACUCUGUUGUUUUCAUCCUACCAUUAGAAAUGAUGAUAUACUCUGUUGUUUUCAUCCUACCAUUAGAAAUGAUUUAUAUACUCUGUUGUUUUCAUCCUACCAUUAGAAAUGAUUGAUGUAUUCUGUUGUUUUCAUCCUACCAUUAGAAAUUAUUAUAUACUCUGUUGUUUUCAUCCUACCAUUAGAAAUGAUGAUAUACUCUGUUGUUUUCAUCCUACUGUUAGAAUAGAUUGAUAUACUCUGUUUUCAUCCUACCAUUAGAAAUCAUUGAUGUACUCUGUUUUCAUCCUACCAUUAGAAAUCAUUGAUAUACUCUGUUGUUUUCAUCCUACCAUUAGAAAUGAUGAUAUACUCUGUUGUUUUCAUCCUACCAUUAGAAAUGAUUUAUAUACUCUGUUGUUUUCAUCCUACCAUUAGAAAUGAUUGAUGUAUUCUGUUGUUUUCAUCCUACCAUUAGAAAUUAUUAUAUACUCUGUUGUUUUCAUCCUACCAUUAGAAAUGAUGAUAUACUCUGUUGUUUUCAUCCUACUGUUAGAAAUGAUUAUAUACUCUGUUGUCUGCAGGAUCGUCUGACAUUCAGGAGGAUCAUAGUGAAGAACAACGCGUUGAAGAGGAGACUGUACGAGGAGUUCAUUGAAUCACUUCCACUGUUAACAUCAUUAGAGGUACAGUAUAGAUAUAUCUUCCUGUUUGUUCUGUAAAGCCUGGUCCCAAACCUGCUUGUGCUGUUUAGCCAACUCCUAUGGUUGUUUAGCAUGACAAUGACCAUAUGAUUUGGCAAGACGGCACAACCAGGUCUGAGACUUUGCUACUUUCUUUCUCUUUACCAGUAGAAUCAAAAGUGUUUUUUAAAAGUAAAACCGACUGAUCCAUUCAAACCAAUUUUAAACCAAUCUCAAACCCACUUUUCCACAGCUUUCAGAGAGAAUGAAGGUGGUGGAUGUGUUGUCUUCUAAAGCCUUCAGCGAUGGAGAACAGAUUAUCGCUCAGGUAUUUUAUAUAUCUCAAUCUUAAAUUCUAAUUGAUCCCACCAUUUGUAUGUUAGUAUUAAAUGUUCCCGAUCUCUAACUAGAACAGACUUAUUUCAGUCAUUCUUUGUUAUGUAUUUGCUAUUCUCCAUUUGAACACUCUCAUAACAUAAUCCUGUAUCUUCUGUUACAGGGUGAUCUAGCAGAUUGUUUUUAUAUAGUUGAAUCUGGUCAAGUUAGAAUCACCAUGAAGAGAACCAGGGUAAGUUUGCGUCGUUCUAAGACAUUACAGAUUUUUGUAUAUGAAAUGUCUGUGAAGAUUGUUUAUAAAAGUAGUUAAUGUACGCACCAUCAAAAUAAAUUAUGUUUACUUUGGAUAGAUUUGUGGGUUUUUAUGUUGCUUUCUUAUGUCUUCUCUCUAGACGAAAAAGGACCAGGAGGAUGUGGAUAUAGCUACAUGCUCCAGGGGGCAGUACUUUGGAGAACUGGCCCUCGUCACGAACAAACCCAGAGCUGCUUCAGCUUAUGCUGUGGGAAGCGUCAAGUGUUUAGGUACUGCCUUCACUACACCGUAUGUUCUGUUUGACUUCCUGUUUCAGUCCAUGACAUGACUGUAUGUUGUGUUUUGACUUCCUGUUUCAGUCCAUGACAUGACUGUAUGUUGUGUUUUGACUUCCUGUUUCAGUCCAUGACAUGACUGUAUGUUGUGUUUUGACUUCCUGUUUCAGUCCAUGACAUGACUGUAUGUUGUGUUUUGACUUCCUGUUUCAGUCCAUGACAUGACCGCUCCUCUUGUGUUUACCAGUUAUGGACGUGCAGGCGUUUGAGAGGUUGCUGGGCCCCUGCAUGGACAUCAUGAAGAGAAACAUUGCAAAUUACGAAGAGCAGCUGCUUACUCUGUUUGAAUGUAGCACCACUGACAUUGAGAUAAACCCAUGA